ACACAUAAUAAAGCACUUAUUAAUCAACAGAACAAAGUUCAAUAUAUUUGAAAAUAGCACGAUUCUGAACCACAUCGAACUAAAUCAGAUCGAGUUUGUUAAAAUUAAAAUAAUUAUCAAGUAAAUUGAUAAGACACUCAACAACAAACGCUUUGUUACUAAACGUUAUUAAAGCAGAAAUUAUUUACGAAAAAGUGUUUUGAUUAAGGUAAAUUUAGAAAUAAUAACUAAAAUGUAUUGUUUUAAGUUAGAUGAAACAACCAAAAAGUAUGCAGAAAAUAAUUUAAACGAAACCGAACAAGUUCGAAACGAUUAUCUUAAAUUAAUGAAAGAUUGGUUAAAGGAAAUUCACCCAAAAAUACACUCAACAACCGACGAUUUAUUUUUAUUAGCGUUUUUACGAGGAUGCAAAUUUAAUUUAGAUAAAACCAAACACAAACUCAACAACUACAAUAAAAUGAGAACAGAAAUUCCCGAAUGGUUUUCAAAUCGAAAUCCAAAUCAACCCAAUUUACUAGAAUUAAUUAAACUUGGGGUUUUCAUACCACUUCGAAAACUUCACGAGAAUCAACACGUUGUAAUCAUUCGAACAGCAGCUCAUAAUCCUAAGCUACACAAACAAGACGAUGUUUUUAAAACGGGAAUGAUGAUCUUGGACUUGUUAGGACACCAAAAUGAAAUGUUACAAAUCUAUGGGAUAAUUGCAAUUUUUGAUAUGAAAGGGAUAUCUUUAUCACAUGCUAAACAACUACCACCAUCAAUGAUUAAAAAAGCAGUCUUCUCCUGGCAAAAUUAUCACUGUAGGCCGAAACAACUCGAAUUUAUUAACGCCCCAACAUACAUCAACGUCGUAUUAAACGUUUUUAAACGAUUUAUGAGCGAAAAAUUAAAAGGAAGAAUUCGAGUUCAUUUUUAUGGUUAUGAAACAUUACACAAAGUCGUUUCUAAAGAUGUUUUACCUAUGGAGUAUGGAGGAAAUAAUGGUGAAUUAAAAGAUCACAUCGAGUAUUGGACGGAGAGAAUUUUAGAAUCUUCAGAAUGGUUUAAAUUAAAUUGAAGAAAAUUUUUAGGUUAUGUUUGUAUACAACGUCAAAUUGACAUUAAAUUUAAGCCGGUAAUGUAGAUAUCUAAAGUGUCAAAAAUAAAAUUUUAAAAUACUAAA